UGGCGGAGGCCUCGGCCGGCUCGGGCUCCGCCCCCCGCUGACGCGCUGCGGUCACCUGACCCGGCUGCGGGCUCAGACACAAGGGAAGUCGCUGUCGCCGGAGCCGGAGCCGCCGGGACCCUCCGCCUGCCCCGCCGCCGCCCCGCCGCCCCGCCAUGCCGUCGGAGAAGACCUUCAAGCAGCGCCGCACCUUCGAGCAGCGAGUGGAGGACGUCCGGCUCAUCCGGGAGCAGCACCCCACCAAGAUCCCGGUGAUAAUAGAACGAUACAAGGGUGAGAAGCAGCUUCCUGUCCUGGAUAAAACCAAGUUCCUUGUACCCGACCACGUGAACAUGAGCGAGCUCAUCAAAAUCAUCAGGAGGCGCCUGCAGCUCAACGCCAACCAGGCCUUCUUCCUGCUGGUGAACGGGCACAGCAUGGUGAGCGUCUCCACGCCCAUCUCCGAGGUGUACGAGAGCGAGAAGGACGGCGACGGCUUCCUGUACAUGGUGUACGCCUCCCAGGAGACGUUCGGGGCGAGGCCGCCGCACGGCGUCUAGUCCUCCCGAGGGAGGGGAUGCCGCAGGCGCGACCGACGUCCACCCAAUCAGUCCAUUCAGCUAGUGUUCCGCCUGGGCAGGUGUAGGAAGUCGUCUUUGUCUUUCAAGCAGAAAAACAGCUCCCAGGGAGUGCAUUCAGCAUUGGAAAACUAUGGUUUAACCUAGGCUGUUUUGUUUUCAAAUUUCAGGAGUUUAAAAAUAAAAUACUUUGCAUUCUGAGUCGCCAGUAAAAUAGGCCGCCACGUCUUUCAGUGCUCUUCCGUCCCGCGUCCCAGCGCAGUCGGGCGGGCAGUCCUCGCCCAGGCCGCGACCCUGCUGUCCUCGCUGUUGGAAGGGGCUCUGCCCGGCAGAGCUGUCUCCCCGGGGACCCCACGGGCGUGGCUGUAAGCACAACCCCAGAGCCACACUGGCCGUGACAGCGGGCGCCAAGCGGGGUCAAGACGUGCGCGACGGCGGCUCUGGUCCCCGACAGGCGCGCACCGCAGCCCCGGCUUCCGCGGGGGCGCGGCUCUUGCUGCCGUCUGGAGCUGCAGACGCUGCUCGGCGGGCCCCGGAAGGGCUUUGUUUUAGUCUGGUUUCUCAGAAGGCCCCGAGAAAAAGUGACGUUGCUUCUGCUCUGAAUUUUUCAAAGAAUCCAAACUCAGGCUUGCUUUGGUCAUUUUUUUGGGACAGUGCUAGAGACCACAGAUUCGUGAAACGAAAAACAUUCAAAUUCAGAUGUGCCCCCUCCCUACUUUUUGGCUUAAAGCUGUACGUGAUCUAUGGUUUGUGUUUUGCUGUUGUUAAAUGUGUAACGAGAAGAGUAGUUCAGUGGCGCCAGACCACCAUCAGGAUUCUCUGUGCGUGUCCGCGUCAAGGAAAGACCAGCGGAAGGGAACGUGCGGCUGCAGUGUUUCUGUCAAGUUCAGCAUCUUCCAAGCCAGUGCUUCCUGCCACCUGCGUGGGGUCCACCGUCUGCCUUUGCCUCGUGUGCCGGCGCAUGUCGUCGGAGCGGCAGCGUCACCGCGUCUGGCCCGGGACGGAUCCUCGGAGGGGCUCCCGUCACCUCCUCUCCCGCUGCAUGCCUGUCCACAUGGCCGGCUUCCCACAUGUACGUUUUCACAUGACGUAAACUCUUAGCCGUGUGUCCUUCGGAGUGUGUGUGCCAUUGUACCAUUCUUGUACCACUGUGAGCACAGACUCCUGCAAGAAGCUGCUUCUGAAAGAAACAGCCUUGCUGCGGGGUGGCCUGCACCCACAGUGGCGGGCAUUCUCACCCCGCGAGGUGAAUAAAGGCACCGCUCAGAACGGA